AUGUCUCGUGUCACCGGUGACUAUGAGCAAUCUGAUGGUCCUCCGUGGCUAGAGUCUCAGUGGUCGCCGUCUUUGACCCAGGUUUGCAGCGUGUGGCGCCGGGUUGCUCUCAAUGCACCCGCCCUGUGGACCUACCUGGACCUCACAAAACCGAAGCGAGCGCUAGCGUUGAGUCGAAGGUUCCCGAGGCAGCCUCUGCGUAUUAUGUAUAACGCCCUAGGUGCCUCGGGACCGGCUACGAUGAUUCUCGAUCUAAUCAUGACCGGAGGUGCCUCGCGCGUCGUCGACCUACGGCUCUCGUGCCGUCCGGAUGUUACCUUUGACAUCGCCUUGGGCAGCUUCGGGAAACAUGCCCCCGCGCUCACCAACCUCGACCUCGAAAUCCUACCUCACAGCGGUAUCAAACUUGCGGACGUGGACACCCUGCUCCGCGAGCUUCAGGCUCCCAACCUAUUGCGUGUGAGGCUGAAGCACCUCUCGAGCCCGGAGAUAUGGAGAACCUCUCAUCUCCUGCGGUGUUCUGGAUUGCGCAGCCUGUCCGUCGACUACGACUGGAAGGCAUCGUCUGCCACGAGGCCUACGCUUUCCGAGAUUCUGGACGUCCUGGGACAUCUUCAGUCCCUGGAACAUUUGCGUUUGGCAUCCUGUCUGGCGGAGGAGCCCACGACGGCCAUGGCGUCCGUCUGCAUAGCCUCGUUGCGCACUGUCGACCUGUCGGGAACCGUCCGCGCGUGCAUUUGUCUCCUCGCAGUGCUGCCCAUCUCCCAUCCCUAUCCGCGGCUCCGGCUGCAAUGCUUCGUGACCAGGGAGCGCGCCGCGGAGGCCGCGUUCGACCUCUGGGAUCUCGUCGACGCGUACUUCGAGCUGCCGGAACUGUCGAUUACCAUGAACAAGACAAACGACACAAUCACCGUCGCGGGGAGCGACCUGUCUCGGCCGGACCCCGGGUGGGCGUCCGUCGUGUUCGAAGGGCUCAGUGGUUCGCGGGAGUUUAACGAUCCUGUUGUGCUCGAUAUUUUCCGCGUUCUCAAGUGGUGCAUGCCGCGGUUCGGUGCGACGACGUUCGGGCUCUCCGGACGAUUCGCGCACGACUUCGGGAGGAGGAUGGAACUGAGGGCGAUGUUCGUCAACUGGCCCUCGCUCCGUCACUUGGACGUGUACGGCGACGAGGCUACCAUGACGUUGUUGGAUGCAAUUCGCACCACUAACAGAGCCCAAGCGGACCCGUCCCGAUCCAGCUGGGUGCUUCCGAAUCUGGCGUCGCUGAAGAUAUCGGGAGCCGUGAAGGAUGACCUCCUGCAACCAUGGUUCGAAGCGUGCCUUGCGGAGAUGGCCAUUCGAUGUCUUAUCAGAUUAGGACAGGACGCUCCGACUUUUCGAAUGGUUAUGUUUGUGUAUUGCUCGGGGAUAGAACCAGAGGAUCUAGAGGCGCUCAAAGAAAUAGUGCCGGAGGUAGAUAUGAUGUAG